CAAAGUCAAAAAAAAGAAUUUCAUUUAUAAAAAAAAUUAAAAGAAGGAAAGAGGUCGAUUGACAAGUUUUAAAUAUUGAUAAUAAUUUUUUACGAUGGAGUCGAUGGAAACAAUUUUAGCCAAACUGUUAGUUUCGAAUAGUAAAAGCGUUCAAGAAGGAACUAGAGAGUUAAAGGAAGCUUUUAAAAAGCCAGAAGCUGUACCUGCUCUUUGCGAUGUGUUGGUUACAUCUACCCACCCUCAAAUUAGACAAUCUGCAGCUGUUCUUCUUAGAAGAAAAUUGGGAAGAAAAAGGCACUGGAGUAGAAUCAAUGUUGACAUAAGAAACAGGAUCAAAGAAGGAAUGCUAGGAGCUCUAGUAAGCGAACAAGAAAAAUUGGUCAAAAACUCCAUAGCUCAAUUCAUUGGGAUCAUUGGAAAACAUGAAUUUCCAGAUAACUCUUGGCCUGAAGUUUUGCAAUUUGUGCACACUUUGACAAGUAGUGAAACUAUCUUUGACAAAGAGCUUGGCAUGUAUACUCUUUCUAUAAUGACUGAAAUUGCUCAAAGUUCUUACAUUGUACAUGCUGAAUCUUUUGCUAUAUUAUUUACAACAAUUCUGAAUCAACUUACGGACCUUAAAUCAAAUUUAGCUUAUUAUACUGUAAUUACUAUGAAGAAUUUGGUUUCUGUUAUUGGAGGACACCAACAGAUGGUAAAUAUUUACCACUCCUUAUUGCCAAAAAUCCUUGAAGUGAUCAACGCACAUGCCAUCGAUGAUGAAAAGAAAACUGUCGACAUGUUUGAAAUUAUUGAGGAACUGAUUGAAUUUGCAGUCAGCGUUGUAGCCCCGCAUUUAAAACUUAUCAUUGAUAUGUGCCUUCAACUAGCUAGUAACAACUCCACUCCUAAAGCCGUCCAAAUUAAAUCUAUCGGGGUAGUUGGAUGGUUGAUAAGAUCAAAAGGAAAGGUUGUCCAAAAAAACAAACUAGUCGAACCAAUUAUUGACGUUUUGAUUUUGCUCAUGGCUCAGCAACCUGAUGACGAAGGCAAUGAGGAAUACUUCCUAGGGGACCCUGACCAAUUUACUUCGAUAACAGCAGCAACACAGACUUUGGAUCUCAUUGCUUUGCAUAUCCCUGCUGAAAAAAUCAUACCCUAUAUUUUGACGAAAGUUGAACCUGCCAUUCAAGGAGGAGACCUUUACUCUCAGAAAGCUGCUUAUUUAGCAUUGGCUGUAUUAGCCGAAGGGUGCUCAGAAUGCAUAAGAAAUAAAUACUUGGAGGCAUUUUUGAAAUGUGUAUGUUCUGCCAUUCACAAUCCAAAUGCGGUCGUCAGGAAUGCAGCCUUCUUCGCUUUGGGUCAGUUUGCAGAACAUUUACAGCCAGAAAUCAGUCACUAUGCCUCUGAACUUUUACCUGUUCUCUUUGAGUGUCUUGGACAAACCUUCGUCCAAAUGGAGGCAGAGAAGAAAGAUCCACCCAGUCUGGCUAAGUUGUUUUAUGCUCUAGAGACGUUUUGUGAGAAUCUAGAUGAAGGUUUAUUACCAUACUUACCAACCCUCAUGGAUCGCAUAUUUGUGGCUUUGGAUCCGGUUGGUUUUUCCCUUCAAUUGAAAAGAGUAGCGUUAAGUACUUUAGGCUCUGUGGCGAGUGCAGUUAAAGAAGGACUAAUGCCGUAUUUUCCAAAAGUUAUAGAAAUCUUGAAAAUUUACAUAAACUCUGAUCCUAAUGCAGAAAUCCAUCAAAUUCAAUGUUAUGCAAUAGAAUCAUUGGCGGUGGUAGCUCAAUUUAUAGGCGUUGAAAACUUUAAACCACUUACCGGAGACUGUUUGCAAUUGGGUCUAAGAAUUUUAGACUCUACUUCGGAUCCUGACAUAAACAAAAGUGUCUACGCACUUUUCGCAGCUUUAGCAAUUAAUAUGAAAGAGGAACUUGGACCAGUUUUGCCGAAAAUUGUCAAUGAGAUGAUCACUAGUAUACAGAGUAGUGAAGGAAUCGUGACUCACUAUGACGAUGAGGACAAAGACGAAAUUGACGUUUAUGCAGACCUGUCAGAUGAAGAGGAAGACAUUGAAGAAGACAUUGAUGGAUCGUCCUCUGGCAGUGACGACUCUACACAAUGUCGAUACUCAGUUGAAAAUUCUUAUAAUGAAGAAAAAGAACAAGCAUGCUUAUCGUUGAAGGAUAUUUGCAUUAAUACAGGACCUGCUUUUUACCCUUACAUCGAAAAAUGCUUCGAAGAAAUUUUCAAAUUGAUUCACUAUCCUCAGGACGACAUAAGAGUCGCUUCGGUCGAAGCGCUUCUCCAUUUCUGCGUUGCUCUCCACAAAUACGGUAAUCCAGAAAACAAACAAACGUUCUACAGAGCGUUGCAAAUGUUCGUGCCAAAAUGCGCCGAGUUGAUAAGAGUAGAUGAAGAGAGAAGUGUGGUUAUGGUUUGUUUGGAGGCUUACGCUACGUUGUUGGAAGAAGUUAAGGGUGAAGUAUUUGUUAUUGAUGGACAUAGAGAGGCUAUUAUGAAUUGCGUUAUAGAUGUAUUAAAUUUGAAGACAAUGUGUCAAGACACAGAUUUGGCCGGGCAAACUGAAAACAACGAAGACGAUGUCGAAGCCGAACAAGAUGAAUUAUUACUAGAAUCUGCUGGAGAUGUUAUACCUAAAUUUGCGGCAGCAAUUAAUCCAGAAGAUUUAAUGUCAUAUUUUCCCAAUAUUUUACAGUUAAUGUCUACUAGAACAAAAAAACAGCACAGUCUAUCCCAAAGAUCGUUUGCUUAUGGAACUUUAGCCGAAUGUAUGAAAUCUAUUGGGAUCUAUGUAGAAAAAUUUAUUCCCACUUUAUUAAACCUUUGGUUUAGUGGUGCAAGGGAUGCGGCUGACGAAGUUAGAAAUAAUGCAAUUUUUGGAUUGGGUGAAAUGAUUUUACAUGGAAAGGAAAAAGUAUUUAGUCAAUAUUCAGAAAUUUUACAAGCUCUGUCGACGGCUGUAUCAAAAGAAACCCAUUCCGGAACUUUAGAUAAUAUAUGUGGUGCUCUAGCCAAAAUGAUCCUAGUUAACCCUAGUGGAAUACCUUUAGAUCAAGUGUUUCCUGCGUUUUUGCAAAAAUUGCCAUUGAGAGAUGAUUAUCAAGAAAACGAGGCUGUUGUCAAUUGUUUUUAUUCCUUGUAUCAACAAGGAAACUCGAUGUUAAAGCAACAUUUAGCAGAUGUUAUUAAAAUUUUAGUUCAUAUUUAUUAUAAAGGACAAACACCAAAUGAAGAAACUAAAAUCUUAUUGGGAGACUUCAUAAAAACAGUAAACCGUGAUUUUCCUCAAGAAUUAGCGAAUGCAGUGUCUUCCCUAGAAUCCAGUGCAACAGAAUCGAUACAAAAACUUUUGUCGUCGUAA